CUUCCUUCUUAUUCCGGUCUAGACCUUCCUCGUGGAAGGACGUUUUUUUACAACUGCAUUAAGGUGCAUCGCGACGAUAACGCCAUCGUUGACAUUGUGCGACAAGAUAGAGAGAGAGAGAGGGAGAGAGAGAGGGAGGAAAGGAGAGAGAGCGCGGUUACGAAUACGUCCAAUAGAAUUAACGAAAAGAAAAAACGUUUUAUUUAUUUGUUUGUUUUCUUCCCUCUCUCUCUCUCUCUCUCUUCUCUUUCUCUCUCUCUCCUCCCCCUCUCUAAUGUGUUUAUUAUUUAAAAAUAUAAUCCGCGCGUGUUGAAGUAUCGAAGAUUAUACCGCAAUAAGUGUCUCGGUACGAUAUCGAAAAAUUUCUUUCUCUUUUUUUUUCUUUCUGUCUUUUUCUUUCUCUCUCCUCCACCUCUUCCUGUCGCCGCUUGUGUUUCCCUCGAAAGAGCAUAGUUACUGGCUUAUCUCGAGUGUCGGAUAAGUGUCUUCGUCUGAAUUCCUGGAAUCGUUUUCAUCAGCCGCCACAGGUGGACUCAUUGAGGAUUUUUGCUAUUGUGGAUACACUUUCAUCGUCUGCGACUGAUGUGUUAUGUUAAAUCGUUUCCAGGACGCUGACGUCGUUCCAAGGUCGUUCCAAAAAGCCAGCAAGAAGAGGCGUUAUAGCUGGGAUCAGGAUGACUAUGGACGUGAGUAAGUCGGAAACGAAUAAAAACGGUUCGACGCAGCAGGAAUGUGCCGGUUGUAGGAAAACCAUCACGGAAAGGUAUCUUCUGAAAGCUCUGGACCUUUACUGGCACGAGGAUUGUCUCAAGUGCGGAUGCUGCGACUGUAGGUUAGGCGAGGUCGGUUCCACGCUUUAUACAAAGGCCAACCUUAUCCUCUGCAAGAGGGACUACCUUAGGCUCUUCGGAAACACCGGAUAUUGUGCGGCCUGCAACAAGUCUAUACCGGCCUUCGAAAUGGUCAUGCGAGCCAGGACAAACGUCUAUCAUCUUGAUUGUUUCGCUUGUCAACAGUGUACGCAUCGAUUUUGCGUAGGUGAUCGGUUUUAUUUGUGCGAGAAUAAAAUUCUUUGCGAGUACGAUUACGAAGCGAGGUUCGCCAAUAUGGCACCUCAGUCACCAGCAUCACUCGCAUAUAUUAAAAGGCAACUUCCACCAUCGGCGACCCCACCUGGACAGAACGUUCAUUCUGGUCACAAUCCUCUUCAGGGUCAUCAAGGUAUCGGGCAAAUGGUGGGACCUCAUAAUCACGCGACGAACGGUCAGAUGUCAGGUGGUGGAGGAGCAACAAUAAAUGGUACAGCCAUAGGCGUGGGUGGUCCUCGUGCACCAGGUGAUAUGAACAACAACGGACUAUCUGGGCCUGGUUUGGGUUCGGUGAAACCACUGCCGAUGACGAUGCAAGCACCGACGAGCUGAGACGAGGCUUUACCACCACUGAAGAAGUUAAGAUGUCUCAGCGGUUAUUAAUCAGCCGUGAAAUCGUGUCGUCGAGUGUGUUGCGCGAUUUAAAGCUUCGGAGUUGAAAAGAAAAAAACAAAACAAAACAAAACAAAACAAACAACAAAGUAAAAAUAAAAUAAAAAGAACUUGGACGUUCUUCGCGAACUGAAAACGGGCGAAAAUGUAAUUACAAAUAAUUCGAGUCGUCUCGUAUAGGAAGAAUUGAUUUCUUGUUCUUCUAUUCUCGAAUUAACGAAAAAAUGAUUAAAAAGAUUAAAAAAAAAAAAAAAUGAAAAAAAAAACGGAAGAAAGGGUUGAAGAAACAGAUAGGACAAAGAACAAACGAAACAAACAAAAAAAGAAAAACAAUACAGGUGAUGAUUUAUUGGUAAAUCCAUUGUAAAUUUUGAUCCGGUGUUUCACCCCCCCCUUGCACGUGGUUACACCAUAAUAAACGGGACAGUUCGUGUAAAAUAUGUUUCUAACGAUAAGUAAAGAUUGACGAGAGAGAAAAGAAAAACAAAAAGAGGAAAAGAAAAAACACAUACAAACAAACAAAAAAAUGAAGAGUAAGUUGAAAAAAAGGAUGAGUGUUAAAUAGUGCGAAAAGAAAGAGAGAGAGAGAGAGAGAGAGAGAGUGUGAAAGAAAAUGGCGAAGUCGACAGUUGUAAAUAUCCUUAUUAAUAUAUAUAUAUAUAUAUCGACUUCAUGAGUGAAGAACGCCUGAGGUUAUACGAGUAUACGUCUAACGAUUAAGAUCUUUCUAUGAUUAUUAUUAUCAUCUUCGUUAAAAACCGGUUAACAUAAUCCGCUCUCGUUCUUAUUCUUUUUUUUUUUUUCUCUUUUUUUUUUUUCUUUUUUUUUCAUCCUUCUAAUUAGGUAAUUUCUUCGUAACGAGAUAGAGGACGAUGACAUCGAGUUAUGACGUAGAAGAAGAAGAAGAAGAAGAAGA